UGAAAAUAUAGUUAUAUCAAGCUCAUUUAGCUAACAUUUCACACAAUUAUUUGCCAUGUAUUUCAAUAUAAGUGACAUAAGUGUCGACCGAUUGCUUCAAAAUUGUGUGAAAUUUAGUUUAGAUUUAGUGAAGACUAACAUCAAGAAGACGGUGUCCGACAGAGCCGUACGCGCCGUCAAAGGGCUGGUAUUUCGGGGCAAAAAACCAGUCAAAAAGAAUAGAAGUAUUCAUUUAAAAGCCGGCGAUUCCGUGACAUUUGUGGUGAAAAGGCAUGGAUUACAGGCUAUGAGUGCUGAUGAUGACAGCGAUCGGCUACUGGUGCCCGAUAUGAUGGUCAGCGGGGAGCCUAUCGGCGCUCCCAUAGUGUGCGACCACCAUUUCCCUGGUAAUGGUCAACAGUAUUGCGAGAUAUGCCUUAAAAGUCAACUCAAAAGCAAACUUUAAAUUCCGGACAAAAUAUAUGGG